AUGUUCUUAGUUCAAUAUGGUGGCUCAGGCUCGGAAGAGGGUAAUUCAACACAAGGUAUUUUAGCUCCAGCAAGUAGCACGAAUCAUCCUCUCCUUGUUGGGCAGGUAGGGGUGGCGUAUGGCCAAUUGGGCGGCACGGCAAUCAAGGUUGGAUGA